AUGGCAACGCCAGACCUUCAACGCUCGCUGACCGACGAGAAACACGAACAAGUGCAGCGCGAAUACCUCGCGCAAGAUGAGACCCCAGAGAUUGUGGAGAACAAGAAGAAAGAAGAUGCGUUGCGACGGAAGCUGGACUGCUUCGUUGCACCAGUCAUGAUGAUGCUGAUGCUCAUCAGCUAUCUUGAUCGCGGUAACAUCGGGUUUGCUGCGACUCAGGGUAUGACAACAGAUAUUGGACUAAAGGGUAGCGAGCUUAACUUUCCAACCUCGCUGCUAGUCAAGCGUCUCCAGUUCAACAGAGUCAUCCCCACGAUUACGUUUUGUUGGGGUGUCACAUGUCUCUGCACCGGCUUUGUGCAGAACUUUGCUGGCCUGGUCACUACGCGCAUCUUCCUUGGCUUCUUCGAAGGCUGCUUAUUCCCAGCGAUGACACUUUUCCUGUGUAACUGGUAUACUAGAGAAGAGCUGGGUAUCCGUAUCGCGUAUCUCUUCAUCGCAUCGGCGUUGUCGGGAGCCUUCGGUGGCCUUAUCGCGUUCGGCAUUCUGUACAUGAACGGAGUUGCUGGGUGGUCAGGGUGGAGAUGGCUUUACGUUAUUGAAGGCAUCAUCACCAUUAUCUGGGCAGCCUGUUGCAUUUUCCUCGUCCCCAAGUCCUUCGAGACAGCAUAUUUCCUGAACGACGACGAGAAGGCCCUCAUGCGCCAACGCGCACAUCGAACACAGGCCUACUCCGACUCGGAGGGCUCUGGGCAUUAUGGAAAGGCUGAUAUCAAGGAAGCAGCGAAGGACAUCAAGAGCUGGGUUCAUGGUCUCAUUCAGAUCGCGGUCGUAACGAUCCUAUACGGGUUCGGCACCUUUUUGCCUAUCAUCAUCAGAAAUGGGUUCAACUUCUCCACCAAACAGGCGCAAUAUCUUGUCAUUCCCGUCAACAUCUGGGGUGCUAUCGUCUACGCAAUAGGCGCAUACCUGUCUGACCGAUAUCAAACGCGCUUUCUACCUCUGAUCCUCAUGGCACCCGUAGGCAUCGCCGGUUACGCCAUCCUCCUCGCUCCAGUGAGCCCAUACGUUCAAUACUUCGCCACCUACCUUGUCGCAACUGCCUGUUUCCUCUGCACGGGAGGAAACAUCACCUGGCUAUCUGCGAAUUGUGCGCCUGAUGGCAAACGCGCCGCUUCGUUGGGAAUCCUGCUCACACUGACCAACAUCGGUGGUGUCGUAUCUGGCCAGAUCUAUCAGAGCAACGCAGCGCCGAAGUAUACCUUGGGCCAUGCGUGGAGUCUCGGCUGUUUAGCGUUUGCGUGGUGCGGAUGGUGGAUUGUUAGGGCGAUUUACAGGAGGAGAGAAGAGAGGAAGGAUGUUAAGCUUGCUCAAGGGUAUACUAUGCCUGCUGGGAAGCAGUAUACCGAUCGCGAGCCGGAUUUUAGGUAUCAGAUAUAG